AUGGCCUCGAAACUCGCGCUCGCCCUCUGCCUCUCCGGCGCGGCCGCCUACGUGGCGCCCGUGACGCGGUCGUCGUCCAGCGCCCUCAACGGCGGCAAGGAGGACCUCCUCGCCCUCGCCGACAGCCUCCCGGGCCCGGGCACGUCCUUCUGGGAUCCCCUGGGCCUCGCGGACCAGGACUACGCCCUCGGCAACGUCGACGCCACGGUGGGCAACGACGCCACGGUGGCCUUCCUGCGCCACGCGGAGAUCAAGCACGGCCGCGUCGCCAUGGCCGCGUUCCUCGGCUUCAUCGCGCAGUCGACGCCGCUCGUCGCGGGCGAGCACACGUUCGCGCCGUACCGGGGCUACGUGGCCAACGUGUCGCCCCAGGAGCAGUGGGCGAACAUCCCCCUCCUGGGCAAGCUCCAGAUCUUCAUCGCCAUCGGCAUGCUCGAGUCCUACGGCGAGGGCGCGGGCGACGACUCCUACGUGCACUACAUGAAGGGCGGCGUGCCGGGCUACUACCCCGAGAUCCGCGGCAAGAACAACGGCCAGCUCGUGCUCAACCUCUACGACCCCUUCAACUUCGGCAUGCGCGACCGGUCCGCGGAGAAGCGCGCGCGCGGCCUCAAGUCGGAGAUCCUCAACGGCCGCGCGGCCAUGUUCGGCAUCUUCGGCUUCAUCGCCGAGUCCAAGGUCCCGGGCUCCGUGCCCCUCCUCUCGUCCAUCCCGACCUUCCCCCACUCCGACAUCAACACCAUGAUCCCCUUCUCCGGCGACUUCACGCUCCUCCCGCAAUAGGCGACGGUCGUCGACGCGAGGGCCCGCGGCCGCCGCUCCGGCCGGCGCCGUCGACGCGCGACGC